UAGACACCUUCUCCCUCUCUCUUGGUUCUUGCUUAUUUAAAAGAACCCUUUUCUGCCCCCCUCUUUUCUCUCUCUACACUUCCUUUUUGGGUUCUUGGGACCGUAGACCUCACGCUCGCCUUCACUUCAAUGGCUUCUUGGAGAUUAAUGGCAGCCCUCCUUCUUCACCUUCUACCCUUAGCUGCCAUGGCUGCUCAAGAUGCUUUUGUAGGUGUGAACAUAGGCACUGCCGUAACCGACAUGCCGAACCCGACCCAGGUGGUGGCCCUUCUCAAGGCCCAACAAAUCCGCCACGUCAGACUCUACGACGCUGACCCGGCAAUGCUGACUGCUCUAGCGGGAACCGGAAUCCGCGUAACCGUUUCCGUCCCAAACCAACAGCUUCUCGCCAUCGGGCAGUCCAACGCCACUGCCGCCAAUUGGGUUGCCCGUAACAUCCUCACCCAUGUCCCCGCCACCAACAUCACCGCCAUCUCAGUAGGCUCCGAAGUCCUCACCAUCAUCCCUAACGCCGCCCCGGUUUUAGUCUCCGCCCUUCAAUACAUCCACGCUGCCCUAACCGCCGCUAGGCUUGACUCCCGUAUCAAAGUCUCCACUGCCCACUCGUCUUCGAUUAUUCUCGACUCGUUUCCACCGUCGCAAGCCUUCUUUAACCGCACGUGGGACCCGGUUAUGGUCCCGUUGCUCAGGUUCCUACAGUCCACCGGAUCAUACCUCAUGCUUAACGUCUACCCGUAUUACGAUUACAUGCAAUCACACGAUGCAAUCCCGUUAGAUUACGCAUUGUUCCGCCCUCUGCCGCCGAAUAAAGAAGCCGUGGAUUCGAACACCAUGCUGCAUUAUACUAACGUUUUCGAUGCGGUGGUAGACGCCGCCUAUUUUGCAAUGUCGUAUUUGAACUUCACAAACAUUCCGAUCGUCGUAACGGAAUCGGGCUGGCCCUCAAAGGGUGAUUCUACCGAGCCCGAUGCGACGCUUGACAACGCAAACACUUAUAAUAGUAAUUUGAUUAAACAUGUUUUGAACAACACGGGGACCCCGAAACACCCUGGGGUGGCGGUGAGUACGUUCAUUUACGAGCUUUACAACGAGGAUGCGCGAACGGGCGCGGUGUCAGAAAAGAACUGGGGGCUGUUUGAUGCAAACGGGAGACCGGUUUAUGUGUUGCAUUUAACGGGUUCGGGAAGUAUGCUUGCUAAUGACACGACGAACCAGACUUUUUGUGUGGCUAAAGACGGUGCAGACCGGAAGAUGUUGCAGGCGGCUUUGGACUGGGCUUGUGGACCGGGGAAAGUUGACUGUUCGGCUAUGGUUCAGGGUGCGCCCUGUUAUGAGCCCGAUACUGUUGUUGCACAUGCCAGUUACGCUUUUGAUGCUUAUUAUUAUAAGAUGGGUAUGGCUGAAGGAACUUGCGAUUUUAAAGGGGUCGCCACCAUUACUACCACCGAUCCAAGUCAUGGCAGUUGCGUGUUUCCAGGAAGUAAUGGGAGUAACGGGACGUUUAUAAACGGUACAUCGCUGGCUCCAUCUUCGAAUUCAACUUCAUCAGGUAGCUCGUUAUCUUUUCACACAGGCAAUUCGAUUUCUUGUGUGACAAUUUCCGUAGUGUUACUCUUGAGCGCGGUAUUCUUGUAAGCGGUCUUAAAAAGUCUGGCUCGUGAUUACCGUUACCGGAUAUUGUUCCUCUCCAAGAAGCUUGGAAGGUAAGGGGUGGUUUGAAACUCGAAAAGAAUUGUGAGAUUUAGGUUUGUGGUAGGGAUGAAUUCGUUUGUAAAUUGUAGAAACAAGCGAAUCGCGAUUUGAUCAUUGUAACCGAUCAUUCUUGGAGCAAUUUUUUCGGUCAUUUUUGAGGUUGAUAUUGUUAGGGAAGUAGAAUGGGUGUUUGGACUUGCAUUUUUGAGGUUAGUUAUCUGUUGCAACUUGCAA